AUACACAAGGUCCAAUUUCGACAAUUGGUUGUGCAUCAGGAAUGUUUAUCUUAUGUCAGUCACUGACGCUCACUCGAUUAGCAUAUGUCAGCUAACAUUUUAUAGGUUGGUAAGUUAGUCUAGCCAGCUAUCUAAACUUGCAAUCAAGGGGAGCCCCAUUCAUUUCGUUAGUCGUUCUCACUCAGAUAUCAUAUUAACAUGGCAUAAGUCAUGCCAGAAUGUGUAGAAUUGCAGGAAAUAACCUGUAAAACUGGACCUUUUUCAUGGCAAAAAUGUUUGAAUUGCAGGAAAUUAACUCUAAAAGGCUUCUUGACCAACAUGGAGAAUCACUUCACAUUGAGAAUAUUUUGUAGGAGUAGGAUACAUGGUGACCUGUGACAUUGCCAAAAUAAAACCAUUUGUCCAUUACAAAAAAGAUGGGACCUUUCAUUCAAUGACCUUUAAAUGUAUUGGGUGAUUGGUUACACAUGUACAUUCGUGCCAUUGUGUGGGACAGUUGGAUUUUCCUGUUUAUGCUGAGUCCUCUCUGCGUCAGAUAGCCCCCUCUGAUCCUGGGUAGCCUCUCCUGCCACACAGAGAGGAAGAGGUGAAGCAAGAGGUUUUACCCCUCCCAAAAUCAGUCCAUGAAAAUAAGCCCACGAAGUGAGGAGUUUUUGUAUGGAGAUCAAUGAGAGUGUCAAAUCUGGUUUAAAAAAUGGAAUUGCUAAUUUGAUACAUUAGGCUAUUUGAUUGAAUUAGACGUUUCGUAAUGGUUAUGUUGCUGCAAAUGCACUGAUAUAAUUGGAUGCACGUGGCAUUUCAGCAACUUUGGAGAAGAAAAAAAAAACGUUAUAUCAGAGUUGUGCCUGUUGUCAUAGAAAUAGAUAGAGGACUCAUCAUGGAUAGCCUAUAGCCCAUUUUAGCACAGACAUUGCCAUCGAGGGCUUGCACCAUUUUAAAGUAGUCAACUGGUUGUGGAUUCCUAUGAGUUCUGUCAAUGCAGAAUAAGAAAAUGUACUACUUUAAAAUGGAGAUAGCCUCAAUGGCUCUGUCCCAUGCUGUCACAUAGCUAUAAUGGCACAGAUACAAAGAUGAGUUCUCUAUCCCUAUGGCAUGUUGGUCACACUCGUAUCUGCCCACUCAUAUGCUAGAAUUGUCCCAACUGAUCUCUCCUCCUCCCGCCUGCCUUCCAUCUCUGAGAACAAGUAUUUCCAUUGUUAGAGCGGUCACUCAAAUAUCUUGUCAAUAUAAUAGACAAUCUUUGCGCCACACCACCGCGAGCCACCUGGGAAACUCGAUGUGCGUGCGUAAAUUGAGCGGGUUUUGUACAGACUAUUGACAAAAAAACACCAGAGAUUCGCGUGCUGUCGGCGUACUCCAGUGCAUAGCAGGGCGAAUUCCGUUUCGCACCUGCGGACGGCAGGUAUGCGAUGAAACGAUUAGCCUUUACCACCGCUCUCUUGAGGCUUCCGUUACAUAGAAGAUGGAUUUUUUUUAUGGGAAUGAAAAUCAUUUAGCUGUAUAGGCUAAGGGAUUUCAACGUUCUAACCAUAGCUCUAACUGAGUUAGGAUACAUUAGGAACUAUAUUGUCAUUAUAUUUUAUUUCCCCCUGAAAUAGGCUAGUCACCGUGCAGUGAAAUACAUAACUGAAGUAAUUAGGUUUGCUAAACGUUGUUGCAGUCAGGGCAGCUCUAAGGGAAUUGAUUUUAAUUCAUUAAAGCUACAUGCGUAAAGGGGACUUUGUCUCAAUCCGAAGAGGAGGUCACAAUUUAGAUAUCUUUCUCAGAGGAGGAGAUGAGGAGUUGGAAGAGGUCAAGCAGAGGUGUCUGUUAACACCUACCCAUUAUGACUGUACAUUUGAGCACGCGCACACACACGCGCGCCCCCUGUCCAGUCCCUGUUCUUCCCAGGUCCCGUUCCAGCUGUUGUGCAUUCCUGUGCGCUACACGGCCAGCCUCUCAGUGUGUAUGUGUAUGUAUGUAUAUUUUGUUUGUGGGUGAGGACGGCGCAUCAAGUCUCUCUCCUGAAGAACCGCGAGUGCCGUUGAACUUCUCGGUCCAGCGGUGGAAUGCGCCGGUGAUGCGUCCUGGACUAGGUUUCAGAGGAAAGUGACAGCAGCAGAACCGCUUGGAUUUUUUAUUAAAGAGAAAGUUUGGGGACUUUUGUGUUUGUGUUGGAAUCUUCUCUCGUCAUGACCGAGCUUCUCAGCACCGUUUCAACAACGAUAUGCAAUCAGCCAGCUGUGGGCAUUCCCGCUUCUCACACGGGUUCCCGGGUUUUACAGCUGUUGGGGACCCAGAGACACUCUGUCAGCCAGAGUCAGACCAGAUGAGUCCAGACGAGCCACAGUCUCCCUUGGACCUGAUAGACACAGGGAAAUGCCUGAAGGUCCAAACAGCCACACCACAUCUGGUCAGCCUGGGUAGUGGGAGACUGAGUGUGGCUAUCACCCUACUGCCCCUUAAAGAAGGAGUGACCCGUAUCGGGCGUGAGGACGCAGCGGUGCCCCAAGACAUCACCAUCCAGGGUGUAGGUAUCGAGGCGGAACACUGCAUCAUCAUCAACACAUCAGGGGUCAUCAUCCUCGACCCUUGUGGGAACCUCUGCUCCUUGGACGGCAUCCCUGUGACAUCACCUGUCCCGCUCACACAAGGUUACUCUCUGUGUCUGGGUCAAUCCUACUUCUUCCGUUUCAACCAUCCAGAAGAGGCCAGCCGUAUGAAGAGCAUGCUGCCCCAGAAGAGCCCUGUCUCUCCUCUGGCCUACAGCACAGACUAUCUGAAGUUCAGUAGUGACUACAGCCAUGGGGUGGUGGGAGGGGCCGGCAGUGCAAGAGGGAUGCGUUCUGCCUCAGAGCUCCGUGAUUUGAUGGACACCUUACAACGAAAGAAGAUCGCCCUGGAGACGAGCCUGAGAGCCAAUGGGGACUCUAGCCCCUCCUACUUCAGUAUGACACAGUCUCCACCCACCACGCCUGUGACCUCACCCACCUCGAUGUCGUCAGCCUAUCAAGAGCAGGCUAGGCGUUUCUAUGGCUCUGAUCGCCCACCCCUCUCGGUCAAAGCCGCAGUCCCUCCCUCCCCCUCUCGGCGCUCUGACCCCCCUUCCUCCCGAUCCUCCAUGACCCGGAACCAAUCCUACCAAUCACAAGACAGCCUGCUGGCCUCCCCUGGCGACGGGCGACGACAACUAAACCCAAACUCCUCCCCCCUGUUGUCGAUGUGGAACGGUGGAGGUUCCUCUAACUCAGUGGCCGGUGGUGAGAGCCUCUCCUCUCCUCCUCCACGUUCAUCCCUCUCUCCAACCAGUGGAGCAGCCAGCGUGCCCUCCAGCCCCCGCCUGGGACGCCGAAGUCACGGCAACCAUGAGCCGACACCUAGCAACCGAACCAGGAAGUACUCUGCAGGGUCGAUAGGUGGCAUGAUAGGAAGUCACAGCCUCUCUCUGCCCCGCCUCUGCCUAUCAUCGUCGCCACGUUCCCAUGAUAAUGGAGCCUUGGUGCUCUCUACCCUCCCCCCGACCUCGCGGCGCUCUGAACCUCUACGUAACUCUUCUCACAACAAUAGCCAAAACCACAUCACAAACAGUAACUACAACCAUAACCCAACCACUAACUUUAACUACAGCCAGGGCCAAAACAUGAACCAGAAGGGGAACCAAGGUGAGGGGGUGGUAUCCAUUUCCCUCUCCUCCCCAAAGUCUCCUACCCAGGCCCCUCCAGACGUAACUGUCCCGUUCCGAUCAGGGGGCUCCUCCAGUCCCCGCGUAGCCAAGAAACUCAGCCUCACCUCCACCAGCUCCACAUCCAGCCUCCAGGAGCCAGAGUGGCCAGCCAGCUGCGGAGUCCCCCCUGGACCAGAGCUUUUUUUCGGGGAGAGGGAGCACAGAGGUGGCAGCCUGGAGCCUGGUCUAGGGUUAGGGGAACGGAGACAGUCUUUUGGGAAGGGUGGGCUUGAACCAGGGUUCGGUCUGGGGGACAGAAGACAGUCCUUUGGAAAGGGAGGGGUAGAACCUAGUUUGGGAUUAGGGGAACGGAGACAGUCUUUUGGGAAGGGAGGUUUAGAGCCAGGUUUAGGGUUAGGGGAACGAAGGCAGUCAUUUGGGAAGGGAGGAGUGGGGCUGGGGGCGGGGGUGACCCCACCUGGGGGGUUCAGGGCGAGGAGUGGCAGUAUCAGCUCCCUGAGUGGGAAGGAAGAACUGACUGACUACCACCAUCGCCAGAGAGAUGAGAGACUACGAGAACAGGAGGUGGAGAGACUGGAACGCCAGCGGCUGGAAACCAUUCUGUCUCUGUGUUCAGAGCUGGGUCGAUCGGAGCAGGACAGGGAGAGGACUGUUGGUUCUAGUGUCGAUGCCGGUGCUGGUCUAGCCGACCUUCAGAUGAUCAACCGGGAACUAGAGAAACUCCAGGUCUCUGACGACGAUGAGUCAGAAUCCGUCUUCUCUGACUCAACUGUGAACGGAAAUGGGGCCGGUAGCGGCUCUGAGAACGGUUACUACGGUAACGACGAGGAGCGUCCAGUCCGACAGCGACGGAGCAGCGGCCACCGGGACCACAUGGCAGAAUCGCCAGCCAUCAUCCUACGAAGCUCCGCCACCUCGCUCACCGCGCACCUGCCUAGGACUAAUCGGGCGCUGGUGGAGGAGGGCCAGCGGAGGCAGGAAGUGACUCGUGUGGAGGAGGAGAGGAUCCAGGUGCUGAACAACAUGGAGGAGCUGGAACAGAAGAUCAAAGAACUGGACAACCAGAUGGAUGAGUCUCUCAGAGAGGUGGAGGUGGAGCGUGCCCUGGUGGAGGCAGAGCAGCAGGCGGAGCUAGCGGCCUUGCAGCAGGAGAGAGAUGCUCUGGAGACACUCAACACCAAGAUGUCUGACAUGGAACAACAGGCACAGAACCAGAAGAGUCCGGCGUGUGUGUCGCUGCAGGCUGAGAGGGCUAGGGUAGAGCAGCUGUCUCAGAAUGUGUGUGAGCUGCGCUCCCAGCUCCACUGCUGUCCUGAGGCCAUGAAGGAGCCCCUACAGGAGCAGCUCACCAGGAACUCCGAGGUGCUGGAAGCUGAGACGAAGCGUUUUGAGGACCUGGAGUUUCAGCAGCUGGAGAGAGAGAGUCGUCAUGAUGAGGAGAAGGAGGAAAGCACACAACAACUCCUCAGAGAGAUAGCUGACUACCAACGGAGCACCGUCACACGCAAGGAGAGGCUGGUGGCGCUAAAUAAGCAGGCGGGACAGAUUACCCAGCAGGCUCAGCGAGAGAAGGACAGCUUCCUGAAGGAGCGGACCAGCCUGCAGAUGAUGGUGCAGAGGGAGAAAGAUAACCUUGCUUCUGUGGAAAAUAAGUAUGCUGACCUCACAGGUGGGCGGGGCUUCCCUCUCAGCCCUAUCAGUCUCAAGGAGGAUACGGUGUCGUUGGCUGACGUGUGUCAAUCUCAGUCCCGUGACCACGCCUCUUCCUCUCUUUCUUCUCUUAUCCUUCCUGCUGACCUGCUGGUCCUAUCCUCCCUCCUUUCUUCUCUUUCCAUAAAGAGCGCUGAGGGCUAUGUAACAGUCAGUGAGAUCAAUGAAAUUUACUCCCAGCUGGGGGGGAACCCUAGUCCUGCCCCUGUUCUGGCCAAUCCCUCCCCUGAUUCUGAGCCUAGUCCCCCCACUGACGACAGCGCCCCAAAACCAGCGGAGGCCGUGCUCUGUCGCUCCUCCUCUCCUGUCGAUUGUCCUUCCUCCUUUUCCUCCCAUCCCCUAUUGCCCCGCCGCCCCCCUCUCACCAAAACCCCCUCGGUUCAUUGGCCGGAGGACAUGGUGACCUAUCGUGACCCCUCUCCCCUCCCUGACUCUCCUCCUCCUCCUCUGCCUGUCAAAAAACACAGCCACAACAGGCAGCACUUCCGUUCACUGGAGGAGAGAAAGAGGUUAGUGAAAGAAGGUGGGGCCCACCUGAGUGACACAUUACCCAGGAAGAAGACCACGUCCAUCGUCACCCCUCAGUUCAACUGUGCUACACUAGGACGCAGCAUGCCUAACAAGUCCCAUCAGCCCCUGGUCCAGAGUUCUAGCUGUGGCAGUAUUUUACCCCGGGCCAUGUCUGUCUCCUCCAAUAGAGACACAGAUAAACGGCACCUGCACAAGGGUCAGCCGAGCUCUCGCGCCGCCUCCCAGUCCAACGUGUACCUGGACACCUACGGUCACUGUGAUAACGGCCAGGCAUACGACACCAUGAGCGUGGACAGCUCUGACUCAAUGGAGACCAGCAUCUCUGCCUGCUCCCCGGACAACGUCUCCUGUGCCAGUACGUCUAACGUGACCAAACUGGAGGAAAUGGAGCGUCUGCUGAGACAGGCUCAGGCAGAGAAGAAUCGCCUCAUAGAACACAAGGAGCAAGAGAUGGAGUCACGCAAACAGGCUCUGGAGGAGGAGAGGAGGAGGAGGGAGGAUCUGGAGAAACGACUGCAGGAGGAGACCAACAGACGACAGAAACUCAUCGACAGGGAGGUGAAACUACGGGAGAAACAGAGAGCACAGUCCCGUCCUCUGACGCGCUACCUGCCAGUUCGAAAGGACGACUUUGACCUAAAAGCCCAUAUAGAGUCAGCGGGCCACAGUGCUGACACCUGUUUCCACCUGUCCCUCACGGAGAAGACAUGCCGAGGAUUCCUGGUCAAGAUGGGGGGAAAGAUCAAGACCUGGAAGAAACGCUGGUUUGUCUUUGACCGCAACCGACGAACGCUCUCCUACUUCUCAGACAAGCAUGAGGCCAAGCUGAAAGGGGUCAUCUACUUCCAAGCAAUAGAGGAAGUUUACUAUGACCACUUAAAGAACGCACACAAGAGUCCUAACCCGUGUCUGACGUUCAGUGUGAAGACUCAUGACAGGGUCUAUUACAUGGUGGCCCCCUCUCCUGAGGCCAUGAGGAUCUGGAUGGAUGUCAUUGUCACUGGGGCCGAGGGAUACACUCAGUUCAUGGUGUAGAAGGAGCAAUAUGGUCAUGGCGGAGGGAUACACCCACUUUAUGGUGUAGGAGACUUGAUCUGUACAUGUCGGAGGGAUACACUCAGUUCAUGGUGUAAAGAGGGGUGCUUCGGAGUGGAAGGAUACAGCCAGCGUGUGGUUACGACGACAGGACUAGCUCCUCUCUUUUCUCUGACACAGAUGGACUGUUGUUUUUAUUUCUGUAUUUUAUUAUUAUAGAAAUGUCCAAGGACGUGUUCUCCAACAGUGUGCCUUAACUCUCACAGUAGCUCCGCUGGAAUUGGCCAGUGUUUUUAUGCAUCAUUAGUAAACAAGCAAACAGAACUGUCAUUUCAAUUCCAGGUUGUGUAGGGUCAAAUGAUCAGGCGGCAAGUUACUGAUAUUUACUCAUCCCCAAAGACCUCAGGUCUCGUGUGUGUGUGUGUGUGUGUGUGUGUGUGUGUGUGUGUGUGUGUGUGUGUGUGUGUGUGUGUGUGUGUGUGUGUGUGUGUGUGUGUG